AUGAAGGCUUCUAUUCUUCUUAUUGCGGCCUCCGCUGGAGCUACCCUGGCUCAUGCUGCUUCCAUCGUCGAGCGCGGUGACAGCAUCUGCCCUGACGCGUCCUACUAUCUUCCCCUUUGCUGCUUCACCACCUUUUUGGGCCCCGAAGAACUACUUGACUGCCGACAUCAUGGCAGUGUGAAGGAUUUUUCCGAUUUCAAGAAAAGCUGCCGUGAGGUUGGUGGCGCAGCGGUAAAGUGUUGCAAUAUACCUUUUGCCGGCGAGCCUCAGCUUUGCGAAGACCCCGUUCGGAUUUAG